CCGAGCCGCGUCAGGUCGAGUCUGGCCAAAACGACCCCAGCGGCAUCGAGUCGAGUCGAGUCGAGUCGAGUCGAGUCGAGUCGAGCCGAACCGUGCCGUGCCGUGCCUAGCUGGGUCUAACUGAACCGCAGCGCAUCCCGCCGAGCCGAGCCGAGCCAGCCGAGCCGAGCCGAGCCAUGCACCUGGGCGAGGUGGCCCUCCUGCCGCUGGCCGUGCUGGCGGUGCUGGCGGCGCUGCGCGGGCGGCUGGGCGCGCUGUGCUGGAGUCUGGUCUCCCUCUCCCUGCCCCUGCCCCUGCCCCUGCCCGGCUGGCGGCGGGUCUCGGCCCCCCGCCCCGCCGCCCCGGCGGGUCCCCGGCGGGAGCAGGAGGAGUUGGACGACUCGUCCCUGACGCCCACCAGCGUUAAUUACCACUUCACCCGUCAGUGCAACUACAAGUGCGGCUUCUGCUUCCACACGGCCAAGACCUCCUUCGUGCUGCCCCUGGAGGAGGCCAAGCGGGGGCUGAAGAUGCUCAAGGAGGCGGGAAUGGAGAAAAUAAAUUUCUCGGGAGGGGAACCGUUUCUUCAGGACAGAGGCGAAUUUGUAGGCCAACUGGUCCAGUUUUGCAAGCAGGAGUUGAAGCUACCAAGUGUCAGCAUUGUGAGCAAUGGCAGCCUGAUUAGAGAACGGUGGUUCAAGAAGUACGGUGAAUAUUUAGACAUUCUGGCAAUUUCCUGUGAUAGUUUUGAUGAGAAUGUCAAUGUUUUAAUUGGCCGUGGUCAAGGAAAGAAGAACCAUGUAGAAAAUCUGCAUAAACUGAGACAGUGGUGCCGAGACUAUGCUGUUGCUUUCAAAAUAAAUUCAGUGAUCAACAGAUUUAAUGUUGAGGAAGAUAUGAAUGAGCAGAUCAAGGCACUCUACCCUGUGCGCUGGAAGGUAUUCCAGUGCCUGCUCAUCGAAGGGGAGAACACCGGUGAGGAUGCCCUGAGAGAAGCGGAGAAAUUUGUUAUUAGUGAUGAAGACUUUGAACAAUUCCUGGAGCGCCACAAAGAUGUCUCCUGUUUGGUACCUGAAUCUAAUCAGAAGAUGAGGGAUUCAUACCUCAUUCUGGAUGAAUAUAUGCGUUUUCUAAACUGUAGAAAUGGACGGAAAGAGCCUUCCAAGUCUAUCCUAGAUGUUGGCGUAGAAGCAGCUAUAAAGUUCAGUGGAUUUGAUGAGAUGAUGUUCCUAAAAAGAGGAGGAAAGUAUGUGUGGAGUAAAGCAGACAUGAAACUGGACUGGUAACUCAAUAUACUGAGUUAGAGCAGGUGCAUUAUGUAAAGAAAAUGGGUGUGUAUAUAUGUGCAUGUAUAUAUGUAUCUAAUGCUUUUAACUACACUUGGUAUAUUAUACAAAUUGAUGUUCAGUAGAACUCUAUAUGUGAAUGUGUUAAAUGUUUUUAGAAUGUAAACUAUGUUCUUAUCUAUUGUUUGGUUGAACUAUGCCAAGUACCUACGGAGCUUUCGUACAAGGAGGUCUCUGAAAUCGACUUUCUAGUCCAUUGCAUGAAGGACUUAAGGGCAAACCGUUAAGGUUCAUUAUAAACAGCUGCAACGAUAGAUAAGUGGAAACUCUUACCAGGGAACGUAUUCGGCCUCGUUGAUAGGGAAAGGCGGAUUGCAGUUCCUCACUCGAGCAGGAGAGGGCCAGCUGGCAGGCCCCUGGAAGCAGCCCCUGCCUUUUGCAGGGGUAGGAGAGGGUCAGAAUCUAGGAAUCGUUAGCUGUAAUAAGAUAUUUAAAAGGAAAUCAAGAUGAAAAAAUUGGCAAUUUUCAUUCUUUAAGACUUAACUGUAAAAGCAUCUGUUGUUCUUCUCCCUCUUGUCCAUAUACACACAUGAUAUUUCCAAAAAUGUUGAGGGAUGUAAUUUUCUUUGAAAACAUAUUUUCAGUCAUGAAAAAAUACUAUAUUUGUCCUAAAACAUAAAAAUACAUUUUAACCAAUGACGAGUAACUUCUUAUUUCACAUUGGCAAUGACCUUAGUUCUAACAAAUAUUUACAGUGAAAACAAUAUUUGCAUUUUAUUCAUAACUUCCUCUAUUUUCCUUUUUUCUGCAAAUAUCAAUUUAAUAUUUUUAACAUUUUUCUAUCCCCGUACAUACAAUUCUGAUGAAGAUUCCUUCUGAUAUUAAUUAAUACUAUGUAGCACACCUAACAUGUAUCUUUUGUUGCGUACCAGCUGUGUUGUUCGCAUGCUUUUUAUUUUGCUAAGCCGUGCAAUACAAACAACAAAGUUCAUAUAUCAUGUAACCUUGUUUUAAAGGUUGCUUGGCUCAGUAAUCAUUCUUACUUACUGGUUACAAACAUGCAUUAAGUGAAGGUAUUAUGUGUAACUAAUCGAGUUUUGUAAUAGCUGUCUCUGAUUUUAAGAGUUGGCAGCAUCAACAUAAAAUAGAGAAAAGUGAAAAAACCCUGCAAAACCAGCACUCUAAUAUGCUGCCCUUGUUCUUGGUGUUCUGGGAGUUUUUAUGGCUUUAUAAUUACAGUUGUCCAAAUUUAACUAGUCCCAUCCACCCCAAAGCUCUGUAUGAAGGGCACGGGGAUAAGCAUUGCACAAAGCAGAAGUGAGCUGGCACUACUCAUUCUUACUGUCCAUUGAACUCAAUGCCUGGACCGUCUCACGCAUUUAAAUAUUUGCAGCGGUGGGAAGCCGGCAAGCAUUAAAUCUACCAAGUAGAGAAAAUUGCACCUUUUCUUUUUCUGAUAAUGCUAUUCGAUAUUUUUUUAAAAGAGUUUUUCAAGAUAAAUGUUUUUCAUUCACCUAAUGCAUCUUCGAAGUUGAAGGGGAAAGUGCAUAAGUAGGAGCUGCUACUUCUGAAUAAAGGAAGGUGCAUCUCUGAAUACACUGUGAAAAUGUUUCCAUUUAUAAUUCCUUCAGUUUCUCUUUUUACUAUGCUAACUGUAAAUAUACCCAGUGGUGCUCUUUUGUCUCUCUGCAUUUUGCAAUCACAACACUUCCUAGACACUUAAAUUUCAGUUGUGGUGUUGUUUUUUGUCUUGUAUUAAUACUAAGUGACAUUUAAAAUGUGGCCCACACACAUUAACCCCACAGUCUUUUGGCAGCUGUUUCGCUGACCUCAGUUGGAGUUCUGCCUGAGUAGCAACUACAGGCAGCAUGAAUUUAUGUUACUGUGGGGUUUGACUUGCUAUGCGUUCCCAUUGCUCAAAUAUUAAAUCUAACCUCUUCCUCAGCAUCUAUGCUGCAUGAUAGAAAAGAAGCAUUUUCCUUUGCUGCUGGCGGAGUCCCAGCAUGGGGAAAGAUUUAGUGCAUCAAUGUACCACUAAAUCUACCAGCUUGUUGCUUCUGCAGAAGAUGCCAGCUGUAUCACAGCACGCAGAUGUGAGGUGCACAAACUCCCAUUCAGAUCCAGAAAUCCUGCUAUUCUUUGUUUUGCAUUUUACUCUGUCAAUGGCUAUUCUUUUGCUGCAAGAGAUCCUCUGUGCCUGUGGAGGAAGCUGCAGGAAACUGGAGCAGCAAAUGUGAAAAUCCAGUAAAUAAUGUAAAGACAUUGAAGAUGGCUUUUAUCAGAAAGUUCUAAGUUCUUAUCUUCUUAAAAUCUUAAGGAUUUUACGUAGCCUCUUGCUACCAUACAUAAUUAAGGAAAAGUUUCUGCUCUGUUUGAUACUCUUUUCCAAAGAAAAUGUGAGUCUUGUAAAUUGGAAAUGAAGAAUUUGACAUAACACAGUUUGACAGACAAUCAUUGAAGUCAAAGAACAGCUAUUGGUAUUUUUAUAUGCAAAAAUUAUUUUUGUGUAAAAUCUUAAAAGGUUUUUGGGCAUGGCUUGAUUAACCUAGUUUAUUUUUUUUUAAUCUAUAAACACAGCUCACGUUGGACCAAAAAAGUACUUCAGGCUUUCCUUCUGUAGUUGGGCCUAACUUGCAGCUCCAGGCUUAGAGAUUGCAUGCACAUUGUGACCCUGAAGAGUCAGGAUUUAAAUUUAAGUCCUGUAAACACAGAUACGCUUAUUUGUAUUUUCAUGUGUAAUCUCAUAGUACUGCAACUGAGCACUUGCUAAAGAUACUGAACUGGGAAGGAACCUCCAGUGUAGUUUAGUAGUAUUACACAGCUGUUCAUAUUUGUAAAAUAUGUGAAGAGUGACUGUUUGGGAGAAUGAGUUACUUCCGUUAAAAUCAUCAUGAAUAUACCUUGCGUAAUGAAUAAAACUGUCAUUUAAGAUGCAUUUUAAGAUGCCCUCUUUUUCAAUGUGAAGGAUGCUUGAUAUAUUUGAGUGAUGAAUUUUUAAAUUAUAUUGUCGUAUAAUUAGUGCUAAA